UGAAGCCUUUCUCAUGCACAAAGGACGGCAAGGAUCACAGCAGUCCGGCCAACAACCAUGAAGGUGGUAUUUCUGUUCGCUUUUCUGGCUACAUCUCAGUCCAUCCCCACUGAACACAACCCUGAACUUCAGAUAGAGACACGGUCACGCUUUGCAGCUCUGGAUGAAGUCCGGCUUCUGGCGAAUGGCCUGCUACAGCUGGGCAGUAGCCUGAGCGACUUCGUCCAAAAUACGAAGAAUAAGAUCAAUGAUAUUUUCCAAAAGCUCACCAUCUUUGACAAGUCAUUUUACCAGCUUUCUGUGCUGACCAGCGAGAUCAAGGAGGAGGAGGAGGAGCUGAUAAAGACCACGGUGAUCCUGAAGGCAAACAACGAGGAAAUUAAGAGCCUGUCAUUGAAGAUCAACUCCAAAGUCGAUGACAUCAUCAAUGAGCGAAAACACCUGAGGACGCAAGUUGGCGGAUUGGAGGAGAGGUUAAGCAGUCUGUCCCAGAGUUUAGUUUCGUUUGACCAGCAUGCAGAAAUCUUCACACUCAAGGAGUUAAUCCAGACCCAGGAAAAAAGCAUCACUGAUCUUCUGAAGACUGUUAAUGAACAAAGUGAGCAGCUCAACAACCAAGGGACCAAGAUCAAGGGGCUGGAGACUAAGCUCGGCUCUGCAUGGAUCCAGGAAACUGCUGAAAAAUUUGAAAGGACUCUUCAACCCAACAGCUUCUCUGGAUAUCUAACAUACUACACAUCUGACGGAAGCUUCUCAAGCGAUCUUCCAAGGGAUUGCAGUGAGGUUUUCAACAGAGGACACAAGUCUAGCGGCCUGUACGCCAUUAAGCCACACCAGUCAGAAGCCUUUCUUGUGAAAUGUGAAUUCACUGGGGAGGGAAUGUUUACUGUCAUCCAAAACAGGCAUGAUGGCUCUGUGGACUUUGAUCAGUCCUGGGAAAAGUAUGUGGAUGGAUUUGGAGACUUUAGUGGCGAGUUCUGGCUGGGGCUAAAGAAGAUCUAUGCUAUUGCCCAUCAGGGAAACUCUCUCCUGCAUGUACAGAUGGAGGAUUGGAGGAAAGAGAAGCAUUUCAUGGUUUAUCAGUACAUCCUGGAGGACGCUGCCUCCAACUUCACCAUCCACCUAAAGCUGCAAUGGGUUGAGGCGAGCUCUGCUGUGGACCAGCACUUUGGCUUGAGGUUCUCCACUAAAGACCGUAAUGAUGGAAAUCUUGAUCCCAACUGUGCUCAAGACUAUACAGGUGGUUGGUGGUAUAGCACUUGUGGUGACAUUAACCUGAACGGCAAGAGAAUUCAGAGCAGACCUCGUAAAAAGACAACCCACUGGAAACCUGGCAAAAGAACCACCAGCUUCAAGUCCUCAAAAAUCUCCAUUAGUCAUCUCACAAACCCACAAACCUCUUAAAAUCAGUAUGUGCCGAAACACUGUAUGUUGCUGCUGAAAUGAUCCGACCUCCAAUACACAAAUCCACCAACGAACAGCUCCAUCUCGAUUCUUAAUGAGUCAUUAUUUAUCAACUUAAUGUAUACAAAACUUUUCGUGCAAUAUUUUAUUUUCAUACUUGUCUUAAGCACCCUUAAUAUGAUCCAUGCAGAGGUAAAGUAAAGAUAGAAUAUUUACACUACGAUUAGACACAUGAUUCACUUUCUCCUUUGCAAUGAGCUGAGGAAACCUCCUAUUUAACUUUAUUUUUAGGAAAGGUUUCAAUCAUGUAUUUAAAAUGACUCAUAACAUUGGACAAGUUGUGCAGUAUUUUUAGUUUCCUUUUUUAAUGUUUAAUGAGGAAAACAGGAAUUUUAAGUGACUUCCACACAGAAAAAGAAAACAGAAAUUAAAACAGUUUAUGUGCAUGGUUACUGCAACACUGCCCCCUGGUGAGCAUUGCAUAUAAUUAUUUUUUCCAAAGGUACAAAAUAUACCAAUUAUCAAAAAUAUGUCAAAUUAAUAAAUUUUGCCAUGUCACUGGCUGAAUGCCUAUAUGAUA